AUGCCAUAUCUCGCUACAUUUAUCUUUAAUAUUUUCACGUACAAUGUACACUUCUCUGAGGAUUAUCGACCGUCCGCUGAUGAUAUUCGACGCACAUUUAUUCAAGGAACAUCUUUUGAUUGUUACGUCGAUUACAAUUCGAGGGGAAAAGGUCGAUGUCAUGCCUAUUCGCUUCCAUUGCCUAUAACCGAUCUUCAUGGUAUUACGAAUAAUUUUCCUCGUGGUCAAUUCAUACAUGUUCGCAUUUUGACUGUGAUCGAUACAAUGUGUCCAUUCGAACAUGAAUUCUUUGAACGGAUCACUCGCUCAUUUCCAUUACUCAACAGUUUCACUGUGUUCAAUCAACUAGAACAAAAACGAUCGUGGCAGUGUUUGGAUCAUGAACAAGUAUCUUCGGUCGUAGAAUAUUCUCAUCUUACCGAACUUGAUCUUCACUAUGCUCACAUUGACUGCGUCAAACAAUUUCUAAUUAAUACAAAAAUAUAUUUGCUUCAUCGUGAUGUCAUUCGCGUCAAAUAUAAACACUUAACAAUUGUGACGGAAAACUGUACCAAUAAUGCUACGCGACUCAAUUGUGCCAAGGUGAAACGUGUUAUUACCGAAGAAGUAAUGGUACAUUCGAAAAACUUAUCUCUAUUUUCCUUCCUUGGAAAUAAAGAUUUUCUUUCAAAAUUGAAUGAUUAUGUUCUAUUAAUAUGUACCCAUAUCAGUGGAAAACGAAUAAUGUUUAUUUAUUUUGAUGAUGUUCUUUAGAAAAAUGUUUGUUGACAUGUGUUGUUAUCUUCUCAUUUAUUCGAGUUUCUCUUUAGUUCAUUGAAAAAUUUAUUUGUAUACAGAUUAGAGAAUAUUUUUAUUUGAAUGAUUCAGUAUAUUACUCGAAGUAUUAUUUGAAUUAUUGAAGUUGAGUAAUUGAUAAAUAUAUGAGCAUACCAAACAAUAAAAGAUCGAGAGAAAAGAAAAUUGGAAGAAAAAAAUUGAUGAUAAAUAAAAAUACGAUGAUAAGCAGUUAAAAAAAAUACGAUGAAAAUAUGUUCGUGUAAUAAUAUAUAUUCGACCGGUACUAAGACUUUUUUUUGUUCACUUGAUUUUUGUUUUGAUCUCUAAAAAAAAAGAUUUCACAUUAGAAUAUUACUUAACAAAUCGGAGGAAAAAAUUGACCGUUUCAAUUGGCUUCUGUUCUGAUUUCUAAAAAAAAGAAGAUUUCAAAUUAGAAUAUCACUUAACAAAUUCGAGAGAAAAAAAACCUGACCGUUUCAAUUUCACUACUUUUCUUUCCUUGGUGUUGUUGGACCGAGUCUAUAAUAGAAUUGGAAAAUAUAUUAUAUCUACGUUUGUAUAGCAGGGAUCGAAAGGAAUAAUAAAAUCUUGAUUCGAUUCUUCAGAGUUUAUAUCCAAUUCGAUUGAAUUCGAUCCGCUUGAAAAAAAAUCAUCAUCGGAUUCGGAUUUGAUUCGGUCUAACUAAAAACACAUUCUUCAUUCGAUUUGAUCCACCUCAGAUGAAUUGAAUCAAGCUCUUCGACAAUUUGAUCGGUUUCAAUCGCUAAUGUCGACUUACUUGUAUAUUUUUGGUUCAAACAAUCCAAAUAAUCCGAGCGCAUAUCUCGAGUAAAAUCAUCUUUAUUGGACAAUUUUCCGUGGUAAUGUUCCUUCUGAUUAAAAUAAUUCACAUCAUUUUGUUGUUUUUGUAUCUUUUGUAAACAAAAAAUUGACAAGUGAACAUCAUAGAAAAAGUAUAUAUCAUACUUCACUUCUGAUUUCUUCUGGUUGUUUUUUUUUUGUGCCAAUUUUUUAUUUACUUCGGCAGCUUCUUGAUGAGCAUCAUUUGAGGUCAUUUUUGUUUGAUUUUAAUGUUUAAUUUUAAUGUAACUGAACGAUCUGAAAUAAUGAAAAAUUCUUGCCAAAUUCGACUGUAUUUGAAAAUUCCGCUCUCAACACAAUCGAAGGAUCGAUUCGACAGAACCACUGAUAACAAACAAAUGUAUGGGAGUAUAUCUGAGAUAAUAUACUUUCUCUCUUUCUCUCUUUUAGAACAAAUGAAAUGCGUGAGAACGUCAAAUGCAAGACUAUCUUCCAUUCACAUAAACAUAAUCGCAGUCGAAUAUUAUCAGAAAAUAUGCAAUACGUAUCACAAAAUGCACAGAUAAACAUUAUUUAUUACAAGCUCGCACGUACGAGUUAAAGUAUGCGAAGGAGAAAUAUGUUGGUAGAUAUACUUCUGCUUGCAUGUAUAUUCUUCCAAAUAAAACAGUCCGAAGAGAUUUUUGUCAAAGUAACCAUCUAAUCCUCUUUUUUCUUGUACAGCUAUUGAGAUCAAUUGAAUAUAAUUGAUUGAUGUUUACUCAAGACAAAGUGGAGAUUUUCAUUCAUGGAUUUUGUUACAGUCAUAUGUUUAUUCCUGACUCAUCGGCAUCUGUUUAUUCAUUCUUUGACGCUUCUCCCUUCUAUAUAUGCUCUCUCUCUGG